AUGGCCAAGUGGAUCGCAGGCAAGCAUCCAGCGUCGAAAGACUGGGGAUGCCAGUAUCUCGAGCAGAUCGGUGUGCAUUGGGCGUGGUCUGCUGACUUCAGCCUUGUCAGUGUGUGCACUAAAUGCUGCUUAUGGUCAGGACCACGAAAGUUGUUCAGCGAAGCCAUUUUGGUUGGACCGACUGAAAGUCGUUUCGUACUCGGCCUCCACCUCGAACCCCCUGCGUCGAAGAUCUUUGUUGUCAGUGUUUUCAGCACACCCUUCGUUUUCUGCGCACCUUUGCGGAGAUUGCAUCCGCUGUCAUGGCUCAACGCUCAUCAUGAGGGCGAUCGAAAUAACGGGAAGUCGGCUGCCGCUGGCUCACCGCAUGGUACACACCUUCGCUCCUCGUGUAUGGAGAUUGCGUGCGCAGUAUAUAGCAGUAAGCUACGGUCAAAGCAGCGCGCAUCAGUCCAUCCGUUGGAAGCCGACUGGAGAAUAAGGCCGCAAUAA